CAAUGCCACGUACUCUCCAGACUCAGACACAACACUCACGCGACAUCGCUUGUACAUCGGUGCAGGAAAUUAUAUACCUCUAAUUCUAGAUCUGUCCGGCACCAGAAAACACAAUCCUUUUCGUUAAAACAGUCAUCUUCGCCGUCAUCGCUAUUUGUUUGGUCUCCUGUAGCCGCCAGGGCGGCAUUGAAGACAUCCUUGACUAACAGACCACCUAUGACUGUCCAAACUAGAGGCCACGCAGGCCAUCAUGGCCACCACCACCACCAUCACGACAACGUCUACCUGACCUCCUCGAAUAAAAAAGAUGCCGGGGUCCGGAUCACCCGAAUCGGACUAUUCGUCAACCUAGCAAUGGCAAUUGGAAAAUUCGUCGGCGGCUACAUAUUCCAUUCACAGGCGUUGAUUGCAGAUGCAUAUCAUGCAUUGACAGAUUUGGUGUCUGAUUUCAUGACCCUGGGGACUGUUGCUUGGUCCCUCAAACCUCCGAGUGAGCGAUUCCCGAACGGAUAUGGAAAGGUGGAGAGUCUGGGAGCUCUAGGUGUGAGCUCGUUGUUACUAUGCGGCGGUGUCUUUAUGGGAUUGGAUGCAACACAGGCUCUCCUGUCUCAAUUCGUCCCCGAAGCAUUCGAGGCACUCGGGCAUGCUGGUCUGCUCUUUCAUGGUCAUUCGCAUAGUCACGAUCACGGGGCUGAAGUGCUUGGACCUAAUAUUAAUGCUAUUUGGUUGGCGGCUGGGUCUAUAGUGGCCAAGGAGUGGUUAUACCGAGCUACAAUGAAAAUCGCACAGGAACGAAAAUCAUCCGUACUCGCCUCCAACGCAGUUCACCACCGCAUCGACUCCCUGACGAGCCUUGUCGCUUUGGCCACAAUCGGAGGUGCUCACAUUUUCACUAAUGCAGCAUGGCUCGAUCCCGUCGGGGGUCUGAUAAUUUCCCUGAUGGUGAUCAACGCGGGAUGGACAAACACAAAAUCUGCUCUGCUAGAGCUUGCUGAUACAACGGUCGACGAGGAAAUUAAAGAGUCUGUUCAGGCGGCUGCCUUGAAGACACUUGCCCAAUCAUCUACCAGCACACAAGGAAUCGAAAUCCGGGAUGUCCAAGGUCUCAAAUCCGGACAGAAUUAUCUAGUGGACGUUGAAGUAGGUGUCAAGGGUUCCAUGACCGUGCAACAAUCUCGCGAGAUAGAAGAGAUAGUACGAACAGGAAUCGGUGCCAAAGUCCGCGGUGUGCGGCGAGUCAAAGUACGAUUUGUGCCAGCCGAAAUAGAAGGAGUCGAUUUCGCCGAGGAGUUUAUCCCUGGGGAUGUGAGCCCGCGGAUGAGUCCAGAACCUGAAAAACACGAUCAUGACCAUGAUCAUACGCAUGAACAUCAACACAAUGGCUCAGGCCAGUCGGAUGUACAUAAACGGCGUUGAUGGUUUCAUGUAUCCAUUGUCUACAAAAGAGUUCAACAAGACAAGGAUACUCGCUGGUCGACUAUAAUCUUGUACCAAUCACUUCGUGUGGUGAAAAGCCCAGACUGUUAGAAUUUUGUCUACAGAAAAGACAUCAUGUUGGAUUGGAACAAAAGUAACUGAACGUAAUCAGUAGGCGAACUGUCAGCUUCUCUCCGGACACGUACACUAUAUUGAUUCCAUAUAAUUCAACACGUCAAUAUGCCACCAAUUCACAAUAGAAAUAAAAAGGAUUCAGCU